AAGCCUUUAUAAACAGGUCCCUCAAGAACGGCCCCCUCUUAUCUCAAUACAGGACGAACGACCGCUUGAGGAUCAUGGCAGCUCCUCCAGGCCUUCAGCUCCGACUGAACCAGACCUCCAGCCCCACUCUACUCAACGCCACAGAUGGCAUGAUGGUCAACGCCACCGCCAAGCCAUUCAGCGUGUUUGACGGGUGCGAGGAAAUGGUGGAGGCCAUUCUAUUUGACAUGGCCAUCCAGCUGAUCAAUGUCAUCCUGGGGAUCCCGGCCAACGUCAUGGUGAUUGUCAUCCUGAUCCAAAACCGCCGUGAGCCGUCCACCUCCGAUAUCUACCUUGGCUGCCUGGCCUUCAUGGACGCCUACUUCGGGGUCAUGACGCCCAUCAUUAUAGCCAACAUGUACCAAUGGCAGAGCAAGGAUGUCUGGACGGCGAGCAAGUUCUCCUACGGCGUAAAGGACACCAGCGGACCCCUCUUCCUCUCAUGCAUCUGCCUGGACCGCUUUGUGGCCGUCGUCUUCCCUAUUGCAUUCGGCCACCUCAAGCACCCCAAGUACAGAAUCAUGCUCACAAUCCUGGUGUUUGGGCUCACGUUUGCGUAUUCUGCCGCUAAGGCCGUCGGAGGCCUGCCCAAUUUCGAGAAGGUGUUCACCGGCGAAGUGCUGGCCACCUUCACCUGGAUGAUGGUGUGCAACGCUUCCAUCCUGCUGGCGCUGAAGCGCUCCAAGGGCGCCGGCAAGGACGAGAUGCACCCCAUGAAGAAGAAGGCCUUCAAAAUGGUGCUCUCCAUCCUGGUCAUCAUCGUGGUCAACUACCUGCCACUGGUGGCGCUCUUCCCGUUUGAAGACCGCUACACGCCAGACGUCUUCCGCUGCUACGUGCAGCCGGUGGGCUUCGCCUUCCUGAACAUCAGCAGCACCAUCCAGCCAAUGAUCUUCCUCUCGCGCCUGGACAAGGUGCCCUUCCUGCCCGAGGCCUGGACCAAGAGGUGCUGCGCCCGCAACCAGUCCACCAACAACGAGAAGCCCACGAUCACCGCCAGCACAGAAACCAUAGCAACCGUAGCAUCCACCACACCUCUUUCCCCGGCCUAACCCCAUA